GGUAAGUGUAUAACUCUUCACCCAACAUAGGGGAUGGGAGUCCAAGAAACCUUUUCUGAGGCCAAACAUCAUGCAUUGCAAAUGCACUGCAGGAGCAAGUUUUUGCUACAUGACACAAGGGAAGAACAAAAGUGCUGCGAGCAUUGUCUAUGUGUGAAUAGUGUUGGCUUCGGUUUAAUCUUUAUUCUGCCGCUUGGUAGAUUUCUGCUUCUGCGAUGUAUAGAGUCAAAAGAGUCAGUCAAGCCAAAUCCUUCUCUCUCUCUCUCUCUCUCUCUCUGUGUCUUCCCCACAAAGAAAGUGAAGUAACACUAAACAUUGUCCCCUCUAGAUUCUUUUCUUUUUCCCUCAUAUUUCUCAUUUCAAAAAAACACACAAAAACGUUUUCUCUCACUUCUUGAAAUCAGUUGGUAGGACAAUCACUCUGUUUCUUUUGUCAGGAUUCUUUUGCAACAUUUAAUAGCUAUGGGCUACAAACAAAGCAUUAAAUUGAAAUGCCCCCACCUCCACAGUAAAAGAGAAAGAAAGCAGAAAUCCUUCUCUUUAAGAAGUUGCUCUUUCCCAUUGAUGUUUUUCCUUCUCAGUAGAAAAAAGCAAAAUCAUGGCCAGACUCUCGCAAGACUCCUCAAAGAGGCACUUCCACUGGACAAAAAAGAUUGGAACUGAAGAUGAUGAAGCUCCAACCUUCAAGCUCACUUCUUCAAACACCUCUGAGGAAGAGAAGAGGGAGAAUGUCAGGACCCAUGUGGCCAUGUCGACACCCAGGAGGAAGCUCCCGGCCGUGGCAGUUUCCAGGCUCCGGUCUGUGCUCACUGCCUUUGGGCGGAACCGCACUGGCCAAACUCACGCUCUGGGGCCAAGAGUGGUGGGUACUCUGUUUGGCAACAGGCGCGGCCAUGUUCAUUUUGCAUUUCAGAGAGACCCCAAUUCGCCUCCGGCUUUCCUAGUUGAGCUAGCGACGCCGAUUAGUGGGCUGGUUAGGGAAAUGGCAUCUGGGUUGGUGAGGAUUGCGUUGGAGUGCGAUAAACAGAAGGAAGAGGAGAAGAAGACGGUGAGAUUACUGGAGGAGCCUGUGUGGAGAACUUAUUGUAACGGCAAAAAGUGCGGGUUUGCAACUAGGAGGGAAUGCAGCGCCAAGGAAUGGAAGGUUCUGAAAGCUGUGGAGCCGAUUUCAAUGGGUGCAGGGGUUCUGCCAGGGGCCGGAGCAGAGGACAGCGCUGGAGAUGGUGAACUCAUGUACAUGAGAGCUAAGUUUGAGAGAAUUAUUGGGUCUAGAGAUUCUGAAGCUUUCUAUAUGAUGAAUCCUGACAGCAAUGGAGCCCCUGAACUCAGUAUCUACUUGCUUAGAGUCUAAAUCUGCCAUGGAAGCUCUUUCCCAAAAUUUCUUGACUCUUGAGCUAUGGAAAUGGAGCUUAGUCCCUUUAUUUUUGCCUUCAGAAUUUCCUUUCUUUUUUUUUUCCCCCUUUUUUUUCUGUUUUAGCUUUUUUAUGGGGGGGAAGAAAAUGAAAAGCGGGUAUAUUGUAAUCUGUGUUAGUUUUAGGUGGAGGGGGCAAUACAAUAGAACAUGAUGGGAGGUGGGGGAUCAUGAAGGUGUAUAUGUAUAAAUUUUUCUUCUUUAA